CUUCCCCGUCCGCAGCCGCCCGGGGUCCGGGCUGUGCCUCCGCUGCCCGAUCUGCACUGGGAAGGCCAUCUGUGGAAAAGAAGAAAGAGAAAAAAAUGAAGCACUUGUUUUUAAUAUUUCUCAUGAAUUUAUUACACCAGCAUGCUGGGAAAUCUUUGAGAAGAGAUGGAAGUUCCCUGAAGUCAUUUGAAGACAUUAAAAAUGAGAUAGCUGGCUAUACUGAUAUUGCUAAGGCUAUUAUUGAUCUUGCUGUUCAUGGAAAGGCUCAGAACAGAUCCUAUGAUAGAUUAGCAGUUUUUGCUGACACCAUAGGACCUAGACUCAGUGGUUCAAAAAACUUAGAGGCAGCCAUCAAAUAUAUGUUCACUGCCCUGCAGAAAGAUGGGCUGGAAAAUGUGCAUCUAGAGCCUGUGAAAGUACCACACUGGGAAAGAGGAGAAGAGUUUGCAGUGAUGCUGGAACCAAGGAAUCAUAGCAUUGCUAUUUUGGGACUUGGGAACAGUAUUGCCACUCCUCCAGAAGGAAUUACAGCAGAAGUCAUAGUUGUGGCCUCAUUUGAUGAACUGCACAAACGAGCUCAGGAGGCCAAGGGGAAGAUUGUCGUCUACAAUGAACCUUUCAUCAGUUAUGGUGAAACUGUGCAAUACAGGUUACAGGGAGCAGUGGAAGCUGCUAAAGUUGGAGCAGUGGCAUCCCUCAUUAGGUCUAUUGCUUCUUUUUCUAUUCACAGUCCACAUACUGGGGAGCAGAGUUACCAGCCUGAUGUACCCCAAAUUCCCACUGCCUGCAUCACUGUGGAAGAUGCUGAAAUGAUGUCACGAAUGUCUCUCCGUGGCACCAAGAUUGUUGUGCACCUGAGGAUGGGAGCUAAGACUUAUCCAGACUCUCUGUCCUUUAACACUGUGGCAGAGAUUGUUGGAAGCAAGUACCCAGAGCAGGUUGUAUUGGUCAGUGGACAUCUGGACAGCUGGGACGUUGGGCAGGGAGCUAUGGAUGAUGGUGGUGGAGCAUUUAUAUCAUGGGAAGCAUUAUCGCUCAUUAAGGAUCUGGGACUUCGUCCAAAAAGGACACUGCGCUUGGUGCUAUGGACAGGAGAAGAGCAAGGAGGAGUAGGUGCCAAGCAAUACUAUCAGUUGCACAAGGAAAAUAUCUCCAACUUUGAUAUCGUUAUGGAGUCUGAUGAGGGCACCUUCCAGCCAUCUGGACUGGGUUUUUCUGGCAGUGCUGAAGCCCGGGACAUCGUGAGGGAGAUCAUGACUCUGCUGCAGCACAUCAAUGUUACGGAUGUUUACGACACUGCAGAUGGAACAGACAUCUCUUACUGGAUGAGAGAUGGGGUGCCUGGUGCCAGCUUGCGUAAUGACAUCAAUAAAUACUUCUGGUUUCAUCAUUCUCAAGGGGACACGAUGACAGUUCAGGAUCCAAACCAGAUGAAUCUCUGUGCUGCUGUUUGGACUGUUGUCUCCUAUGUAAUUGCUGACAUGGAGGAUAUGUUGCCAAGGUAAUAAAACAGCAAGAAAGAAGAUUUCUGUUCUUCAGUAAAGAUUGUAAGUCCACUAAUGCAUGUGGACUGCAGCUGUAGUAAAUUCUGCUACCCUUGGUUUUCUGCAUUAUUAUUAUAUCUGUUUUCCUCAAAACACACUCUCUUUUAUGCAUUCCUGCUUGUUUUUGCUGUUUUGAUCUCUUCCAUUUGUGAUUUUCACUUAAAUGUAUUCCUUUACGUACUUUUUAUAUUUCAGAUGAAGAUAUAAUACCUCUUUGACUAUGAUAUAAUAACCAUUUGUAUGCACAGUGAUCUUGUGCAGCAGGAAAAAUAUACAAAA